AUGAAGUUGACUUCCAUCAUCAGCUUUUGGGUACUAGCCCUCUUCAGCAGCGUCCACGGUGCUGAAGUAGUUCCUCGAGGUCAACUCAAAGAAGUCACUAGCUAUGGCAGCAACCCAACCGGCACAAAGAUGUUCUUGUACGUGCCUAAGAACUUGAAGUCCAACCCUGCUGUUGUCGUUGCUCUUCACUACUGCACUGGUACUGCUCAGGCUUACUACCAGGGCACAAAGUGGGCUUCCAAUGCUGAGAAGUACGGUUUCAUCGUUGUCUACCCUCAGACUCCUUAUACUCCUGGUAACUGCUGGGAUGUCUCGUCCAAGAUGACCUUGACGCACGAAGGUGGUGGCUGCAGUACUUCUAUUGCCAACAUGGCCAAGUUUGUUCUUAAGGAGUACAACGGUGAUGCCAAGAAGGUCUUUGUCACUGGUGAAUCUUCCGGUGCCAUGAUGACCAACGUCAUGCUUGCUACCUACCCCGACGUCUUCGCCGCAGGAAGCGCCUAUGCCGGCGUUCCCGCCGGUUGCUUCGUCAGCCAGCAGAACCAACCCGCCGCAUGGAACUCAACCUGCUCCCAAGGAAAGUCCAUCUACACUCAGACACAGUGGGCCAACGUUGUCAAGAACAUGUACCCUGGCUACAACGGUGCUCGACCCAAAUUCCAAAUUUACCAUGGAACAGCAGACCCUACUCUCAACGUCCAGAACUACUAUGAGGAGAUCAAGCAGUGGACUGGUGUUUUUGGAUACUCUUCCAACCCUCAGUCAUCUACACCUAACACUCCCGCAAGCCCAUUUACUCGCCAGGUCUUUGGUGAGAAGUUCCAGGCUUUCUUGGGCCAGGGUAUUACACACGGCGUUCCUCAUUUCGAUGACAAUGACCUCAAGUGGUUCGGUAUUAUCGAUACUCCGUGA